AUGACAACCGUGCUGGAUAUCAAUGCAAUCCUGAAAAAGACAGAUAAAGCCAUCAAGCAUUUACUAUGUGAGGAACCCCCUAGCCAUCGUGAAUAUUUGCCUACGGCGUACGAUUGUUGUCUGACACAGCAAAUACUGAAUUCAGAUGCAACAAGAUCCAUGCUUGCGUCGGUCAAAACGGAAAUGGAAUUGGAGAUAAAAUCAGAUGUUUCCACCAGGAUAAAGGCUGACGUCGACUUGUCGUUGGUCGAGAAACGUCGGUUCAUAAUGACGGACGAGGGUGCUAAAUGGCUGAAGCGGGCAGCGAAGGAUAUUCUGGAUUCUAAUGAGAAGACGUCGCAGUUGCUACUGAAGGUUUUGAAGAGAGCCAGACAAGGGAAGUCAGACGGGCUCAUGGAUGAAAUACCAACUGGCGACGUGCCAAGCGAGGACGACGUACCGACGGAGGACGGCUCAGGUGCCGGAGACGAAUCAGGUGUUGAAGACGGCGGUGUAGAUCGGAAUGCAAGCGACGAUGAUGGCAUGGGGGCUGCUUGGGGAGAUGGGCUGACAGAGGAAUGCUGCGAUGAGGAGGACGCAGAGCUAAUGGAGGUGUUGAAAAGGUAUAAGGUUCGAAACGACGAAGAGGACAUAGAGAGCGAGGGAGACGCGCGACCCACGGCUUUGGGUAAGACCGACGACGACGACGAGGAGCUCGAUGACGAUGCCUUCGAUAGUAACCUUGGUGAUGAAGAGUUGGACCAACUGUACCAAUGA